UCAAUCGGUCACGUGAGGCACGUUGCAGCUUCAUCCCUGGCCAUCAUGGUGCUGGGAAGGGCGCUGCAUUUUGUUUUUAAAGUGGGAGACCGGGCUCGGACUGCCAGAUUUUACAAGGAUGUUCUGGGCAUGGUUGUUCUGAGACACGAGGAAUUUGAAGAAGGCUGCAAAGCGAGCUGUAAUGGCCCUUAUGAUAACAAGUGGAGUAAAACCAUGGUGGGGUAUGGCCCUGAGGACACCCACUUUGUGUCAGAAUUGACUUAUAAUUACGGAAUAGGUGACUAUCGCUUGGGGAAUGACUUCUUGGGGAUUACUAUUCAGUCAAGUGAGGCAGUCAGUAAUGCCAAGAAGCAGGGGUGGGCGAUGACUGAAGAUAAGGAUGGGGUGUUUGUAACUGAGGACCCAGGAGGUUACAAGUUCUUCUUGGUGAAUAAGGAGCGGCCAAAGACAGAUCCUGUGCAGAAGGUAACGUUGGCAGUAUCAGACCUCCAGCGUUCAAUUAACUUCUGGUCCAAUUUGCUUGGGAUGAAGGUUUACGCGAAGGACGACACCAAGAGGCAAGCCUUACUGGGAUACGCAGAUGACCAGUGCAAGCUGGAGCUGCAGGAUAUUGGCAGCCCUGUGGAUCAUGGCUCUGCUUACGGAAGAAUAGCUUUCUCUUGCCCGAGAGAGCAGUUGCCUGCUAUCGAGUCCCAAAUGAAGAAGGAAAAUCAGAGGAUCCUGACUCCGUUGGUGAGCUUGGACACUCCGGGAAAAGCAACAGUCGAGGUUGUGAUCCUGGCAGAUCCGGAUGGCCAUGAAAUUUGCUUUGUGGGUGAGGAGGCUUUCCGUGACCUUUCCAAAAUGGAUCCCGCUGGCAACAAGCUACUGGAGAAUUCUAUAGCAGAAGACAAAAGCGAUGAAUGGUUUGCAAAACACCGCAGACCGAAGCCAUCUGCGUAACCUGGGCAGGGACUGCCCAAGCACGCCCCCUGCUGUGACUGACUGGUGUUGGAAGGUUUUGGGUCCUCCUUUCAGUCCCACAGAGAGAGACUGAGGAACGACAGUCAUAAGAAGCCUUUCAUCACCGAGUAUGUUCUCUGAAGCAAAUCACCUGUCUCCCAUUCUUGCUUUCAAGUACAGUGAACAAAAAUAGUUUCAAAAGUUGUCUCCAAAAUAAAGUCUCAAGUUGGAUGA